UCCCCCUAUCCCCCGCCCACCCCGCGAGUCAGCAGAGAAACGGCGGCACAAUGGCGGCGCCCGUACCCCCUCCUCGUCCCGUCACCCACCUGCUUUUUGACAUGGACGGCCUCCUUCUGGAUACCGAGCGGCUCUACUCGGUCGUCUUUGAGGACAUCUGUGGGCGCUAUGGGAAGAAGUACAGCUGGGACGUGAAGUCGCUGGUGAUGGGCAAGAAGGCGCUGGAGGCGGCCCAGCUGAUCAGAGACACGCUGCAGCUCCCGAUGUCCGCGGAGGAGCUGGUGGAGGUGAGCCAGGCCAAGCUGAAGGAGGUCUUCCCUACAGCCGCGCUCAUGCCAGGCGUGGAGAAGCUGAUCUGCCACCUGCGCAAGCACGAUGUGCCGUGCGCCGUGGCCACCAGCUCGGGGACGGCGUCCUUCCAGCUGAAGACCAGCCGCCACCAGGACUUCUUCGGCCUCUUCCACCACGUGGUGCUGGGCGACGACCCGGAGGUGCGGAGCGGGAAGCCGGAGCCGGACAUCUUCCUGGCCUGUGCGCGCCGCUUUUCUCCGGCUCCUCCCGCCGACAAGUGCCUGGUCUUCGAGGACGCGCCCAACGGGGUGGAGGCGGCCCUCGCCGCCGGGAUGCAGGUGGUCAUGGUCCCCGACGGAAACCUGAACCCAGACCUGACCUCCAAGGCCACCCUCGUGCUGGGUUCCCUGCAGGACUUCCAGCCCGAGCUGUUCGGCCUGCCGCCCUACGACUGAGCCGGCGCCCGCGCCCCACCCCGGGGGCCCCCGCCAGGAGAGGGCCCGGGGGACUCCCGGAGGAGCUGGAGGGAAGCCCCGCGCCCAGACCUCCCCUGGGUGCGGCCUUCAGCCUUCUCAGUCCGUGGAGGGCCGGGCCCACGCUCUCCAUGGCGGCGCAAACUCCCACUUGACACGCAGACGGCAGACCCAGCCCAGAACACAAGAUGGAAAAUUCUCACUGGAAUAAUCGUGUUUAGUAUCUGAAUGAUUUAGCUUCACGUCCUUUAUCUUCUUUGGUGUUCUCAACCCUGGCUGGCAACUGUAAAAUAUGUAUGCAUAUAUGUAUGUGCUUAUAUGUAUAUAUAUGUAGGUACAUAUUUAUAUAUAUUUAUAGACAUCGAGUACUGUAUCAGUCUUCAGUGUUUUUUGGUCUUCAGGGGCAAUAGCAACUGAUACAAGUGAGGUGGUCAUUCUGUUUGUAAUCUGACUGGGAAAUUCACAUCACAGAUGAGCUUUUAAUAAGUGACUCUCUUUAUCAGCAGACGUUGGCAUUCUUCCUGUGUCCUUCAAAGCGCUCUGGACCUGUGGUCAGAGCCCAUGACCGCUAUCCAUUGUUUGCUGUCGGUGUGAACAUCAUUGUAGCCUGAGUCUUACAUCGAGGUGCAUAUGCACGUUCGAGAACAUUUUCUACCUCAGAAAAAUCAUUUCCUUUAAGAUCAUUUAUUUUUCUAAUACGCUCUUUGGUACAGAUAGAAUUGAACUAGACAAUGCAGUCUUGGUACCACCAAGAACCCAUUUGGGGAACAAUUUACCAAACAUUACCGUCUGGCGAUUAACCCCUUCUAAUAGAUUUCCUCCAGAAACCUGGCACGCUGCAGUCCAUGGGGUCGCAAGGAGUCGGACACAAGUUAGCAACUCAACAACAACAGACUUCCUCAGCUUUUCACGAUGGGAACAUCAUUGAAAAUGAGAAUAAUAUAAUCAUGGGGUGUUCCUACUGGGUGCCCCCCCACCCCCAAGUAUUCUCUGUUACUGAUUGUCAUUAAGCUGAUUUUCAACUCUGUAAGGUCUUAGAAAAAUGAUAGAGAUGUGUGUGCCUGCAAUGAUUGUUCGUGAUUAUUUCUGGCCUUUGACCAGUUUUGCACCAUUUCAGCUAAUUGAUCUCAAUAUUUCUUCAUGGCCCAUAUACGUGUCUGUUCUUUGAAUGCUCCCUAAAAUCGCUUGUAACAUCUUACUGUUCCCCUCACCAGUUAGUUUCAUUGAAUAAAAGUUUUGACACUUGUUUCUGUA